AUGGCCGCUACCUCCACGAACUCACCACCUAGCCUCCUCCCCACGGCCCGCUCAUCCAUCACCUCUUUCCUCAACAUUUCCCAGACGUCUGCCGCCCGUGGGGUGCACGCCGAACUAGCAGUCCUCCAGGACCUACUCCGCAGUAUCGCAGACACACAAGCCGCUCUUCCCCCAAGUACAAGUAAUCGAACUCGCAUCGCUGGAAAUGCAGAGCUAGAAGGCCAUCUUCGCAAUCUCACAACGCUGCUGCCACCCAAGCCACCCAGGCCACCGUCUCUGUGGUCAAAGCGCCAGUGGGCCGAUACACUGGCCGGGGUAAAGGCCGUCAGAGAGAAGAUAGCCACCUACCAUGCACGGACGACUCCACGAGUAGCUAGAAUCCCCGCACCCACAAAGCUAGACGCAGACGCUGUCCGCACUUGGCUCACCCACACCCCCGACAGCGCCCAUCGGCACGCCGAGGUCUGCUUCCAGCGUCACACCAGCAGCUGCUCCUGGUUACCGUCAUCGCCGCAGUGUACCCGCUGGUUGCGCGGUGAUGUUCCGUGGCUACUGUGUACAGGCGAGCCGGGCAUGGGAAAGACAUUCUUAACGUCGUCCCUCAUCGAUCACCUCUCCGCGCUCGAGAAACAGGGUGUUGCGUACUUCUACUUCAAUCGCAUGGAUACACUGCGACAGGACCCGUGUAGUGUCUUCCGCUCCAUCCUGUUACAGCUCUUGAAAUCGGCGGCCGCCAUUCCACCACUCACCGCCGCACUGUACAACACCCACCCCACCCCAACACUCUCAAUCUCACAGCUCCAAGCUGCAAUUGCUGAAUGCGGGGGUCAGUUUGAGCGGACGUGGAUACUCCUCGACGGCCUGGACGAGUGUGCGGAGGUGCACCGCGCCGACAUCCUGUCCACGCUCUGGGUGCUUUGUGGACGUGGAGUGCGCGUGUUUCUCACGAGUACUCCGGGGGUAGUGGACCUGCGGAGGGAUGAGGGCUCUGAGAUUUUAGAUCUAGAAGGGCUGGUCGAGGGUAGCAGAGAAGAGAGGAUGAAAGGCGUGAAAGCGUUGGUGAAAAAAAAGAUAGGCGUGGCCCAGUGGCGGCGGGCGGUGGAGGGGGGGGCGAAGGAGAUCGAUGAAAUUAUUGAAAGAGUAGUGGAGAGGGCAGGUGGUGUGUUCCUGCUCGCAGUGCGGCUGGCGGAGAAUAUCCGGACCGCCAUCACCGAGGACGAACUCCAGGCCCGCUCCAAGGAGCUCCCCGGCAACGUGACAGACUACUACGCAGCCACCAUGAAGACCCUAAAGGACUCAGGCCCUCUCGGAAUCUCCGUGCUCGAGCAGAUCAUUGCCUCUCCCCGCCCCCUCACCCUCUCUGAGCUCAACUAUCUCAUCGGCGUCGCUUCAGCCGGGGGCGAGGGCAGCUUGACAGGCCACCCAUAUACGCCAUCCUAUGUCUCCAUGGUCACCAAAGGCCUCAUCACCGCCGCCGAGCCCACAGGUAUCUGCCGCCCGGCUCACCCAAGCCUACUGGGCUUCCUGGAGACCGUGGAGCCAAGCAUGUUGUUACAAGCGAGGAAGGAGGUCCUGGGCACAUAUUUCCGCCUAUUUGCGGCACGUCCGGGGGGUGAUGACGAGCUGGCAAAGGGCCUGUACCAGUACGCGGUCCACAAUUGGGCGGCGCAUCUGCAGGCCCACGGCACUGACGGUGAUGGAUCUUUGCAGAGUGUGGUGCUGGACGCGUUCAAGAAUGCUCCGGGGGUCCUCAGUGAGGCGCUACGGGCGGCGAUGCGGGGAAGCUCGGUCUUACCUAUAGCGCGGACCGGGCGGGCGGGGGUUCUACAUGCGUGUGCAUAUUGGGGACUGACAGCGCUGGCCAAGCGGGCGCUUCUGACUGAGGGCGGCGAGGCUGUGGACGUAGUGGCUGUGGACGGAGUGGAUGGGUAUGGCCGGACACCCCUCUCCUGGGCUGCGGAGCGGGGGUCUGCGGAUGUGCUAAAUGCGCUGGUGGAUGCGGGUGCGGCGGUAGAUGUGGCGUGUGGCGAUUACGCGCAACCGCCACUUUGCUUUGCCGCCAUGGGCGGGCACACGACAGCGGUGGAGACGCUACUCUCGGCAGGUGCAGACCCUAACCAAAGCUCCGAUAACGGCCAGACGGCCAUCUCCUGGGCCGCGGAGCACGGGCACCAAGAUACUGUCAGAUAUCUGAUGGGGAUGCAGCGGAUAAACGUGAAUGUGCGUGAUAACGCGGGGAGGUCAGCGCUCGACUGGGCUGUUCACAAUGCACAUGAGCCCGUUGUGCGCCUACUCGUCGAUCACAAAGACAUAGAGAUUGGCAGUGACGCGGUGUGGCCACCACAGCCAGCGCCAACUCCGGUGCCUCCCGCGAUCGUGGAGCUGCUCGGAAAAGCGAGGAGAGCGAGGGAGGGGGAGGUUUGUGACUCUGCCGCUCCCGUGGAGAUAGUAAACGAGGUCGAGGUGGUGAGCGGGGGCGGUGGCGGGAUUUGGGCAUUCCCGAGAGAGAGGCAGGAAUGGGGCAUCAUUCUACUGGUUUGGUUCAUCUCCCUGGUGGCGCUGGGGGGAGCGUGGAUUGUGGAGACUGUGUUUCGGGGCUCAUAG